AUGAAGCUGAAGGAGUCGCUGAUGAGCUCGAUCGUCACGGAGAAACCCAACGUUAAGUGGGAGGACGUGGCCGGGCUGGAAUCGGCCAAGGAAGAGCUGCAGCAGGCCAUCAUCUUCCCGCUCCGCUUCCCGCAGCUGUUCCAAGGGUCGCGCAGGGCGCGCCGGGCCAUCCUGCUGUACGGGCCGCCGGGCACGGGCAAGAGCUAUCUCGCCAAGGCGGUGGCCACCGAGGUGGAGCACACGCUCUUCAGCAUCAGCAGCAGCGACCUCAUGUCCAAGUGGUCCGGCGACAGCGAGGCGCUUGUGCGGCAGCUGUUCGAGCUGGCGCGCGAGAAGAAGCCGGCCAUCAUCUUCAUCGACGAGAUCGACGCGCUGUGCAGCAACCGCGACGGCGGGCCGGGGGGCGGCAACGAGGACACGGCGCGCAUGAAGACCGAGUUCCUGGUGCAGAUGGACGGGGUGGGCAAGGACAACGCGGGGGUGCUGGUGCUGGCGGCGACCAACCUGCCGUGGUCGCUGGACCCGGCGGUGCGGCGGCGCUUCCAGCGGCGCAUCCACAUCCCGCUGCCGGACCUGGCCGCGCGCAAGCAGCUGUUCCAGAUCCACCUGGGCGACCUGGGCAGGCAGUGCAGCGAGCGGGACCUGGAGGAGCUCGCGCGGCGCAGCGAGGGCUUCUCGGGCAGCGACGUGGCCACGGCCAUCCAGGACGCGCUGAUGGUGCCCAUCAAGAAGGUGCACAUGGCCACGCACUUCAGGAAGAUCCCGCACGCCGGCGCCGAGUACUACACGCCGUGCGACAAGACGGAUCCCGGCGCCAUCGCCAUGACGUGGAGGAAGGUGCCGCCGAACAGGCUCAAGGAGCCUCCGCUGACGGCGGCGGACUUGUUCGUCGUCAUGCAGCACGUUAAGCCGUCGGUCGCGCCGGACGAGCUCGACAAGUACGUCGCCUGGACGGAGCAGUUCGGCAUGGAGGGUGCAUGA